AUGCGUUCCUCUCAGUCCUCUGCAGCUCAGGACCGAGGUCAAGCGGAUGGUUUAAGUGACGAGAGCUCACUUCUAGCCCCGGACCGUCCCUCCACCGGACGUCGAGCUCGAACGAGCUCUUCCACCACUCAGGUUGUCGGAUCGCCGUCAAUUGCACAGAGAACUCCAACCAGGUCGUUCUAUCACCGCUCCUUUCAUGGCUCUAUAGACGCAGCUCAAUAUUCGUCAUAUGGCGUGCGAGAGCAGACCGCAGAACUAGCCUCACUCGCAAUAUCCGAAUCUGUCCGGGAGAGUCCAUCUUCAUCAGAUACCAAACAGCGUUCGAUAUCACACCCAGAUACCAUCAUUCUUGACACAGAAGCAUCUCAAGGCUCACCUGCCGAGCCCAGCACCCGUGCUCAUGUACGUUCACGACCAGAGGCCAUUGACGAGGUCUCUGAGCCGGUCUCCCCAGAGUCAAGUCGCGAGGCAUCACCACCAGCACAUUUCACCUCAGCAUUGACUAAGAUGAUUCAGAAAUCGCCGCCAGAGUUCUCCGUAGGAGUGAGGUACAUGGGGAAGAGAGACUCGUUAACACACAAUACCUCUUCAAGAAGAGAAGCUUUUGAGAGCGAUACCACCAUCACAGAAGAAACAUCACUCCUGCCCAAAAGUCAGGAUGAAAUUUCGAAGAAGGUCGGAUCUUAUAAGGAUCUGGAGAGUCAAAAACCCCACAGGCGACCUGUCAAGCACCAAAUUCGUGCUACGGGUCAGCAUGCCCUUAACAAGUCACGCUCCGCGGCUUAUACAAUUUUACAUCCAAAAACGUGGGAUAUUGGAACGAUAUGGCAGGAGGGGUUUGUCCGACCUGUCAGCGUUCUACCGGCUGUUUUUCUCGGCCUUCUACUCAACAUCUUGGACGCUCUCUCCUACGGGAUGAUAUUGUUCCCCCUCGGUCAACCAGUAUUUGCAGAUAUGGGCUCAGACGGUAUUUCCAUGUUUUAUGUCAGCACAAUAAUUGCCCAGGUGGUUUUUUCCAGUGGGGGAAGUAUUUUCAAGGGAGGCAUCGGUUCUGAAAUGAUCGAGGUGGUCCCCUUUAUGCACAAGAUGGCCUUUACAAUUCUAAAUACGGUUGGUGAGGACAAUCCGAAAUCCGUUUUGGCAACAACCAUCCUGUCCUAUGCCCUAAGCUCAAUGCUUACGGGCAUUGUUUUCUUUCUCAUGGGGGUAUGCCGUCUGGGGUCCUUGAUUGGGUUUUUUCCACGCCACAUUCUCAUUGGUUGCAUAGGUGGAGUUGGGUGGUUUCUGGUUGUCACUGGUCUCGAGGUGUCUGCCAGGCUUGAUGGCAACCUCAACUACGAUUUCUCAACCCUACAAAAGCUCCUUCAACUCGACACCAUUUUUCUGUGGGCAAUCCCUUUCGUGCUUGCUGUCAUCCUUAUGGCCACACAGCGCUUUGUCAAAUCUAACUUUCUUGUUGGUGGCUACUUCAUCAGCGUUGCAAUAAUAUUCUAUUUUUUUAGGUUUGCUCUCGGCUUUCCGAUUGAGAUGCUUCGAGAGCACGGUUGGGUCUUCGACGCACCCCCUGCAGAAAACCCUUGGUAUCAUUUCUAUACGCUUUACGACUUUCGAGCAGUGAACUGGGAGGCGCUCGCAGAAACAGUUCCCGCCAUGUUUGCGCUUACCUUCUUCGGCAUUCUCCAUGUUCCGAUCAAUGUUCCCGCCUUAGCUAUUUCUACAGGAGAGGACAGUUUAGACCUUGACAGAGAGCUUCUGGCUCAUGGCGUUACCAACGCACUGUCGGGCUUCUUUGGCAGCAUCCAGAAUUACCUCGUGUACACAAAUAGCUUACUCUUCAUUGAUAGUGGAGGAAGCUCGAGACUCGCAGGCCUCUUGCUUGCGGCAGCAACUGCUGGGGUCCUUUUCAUGGGGCCUGUGCUUGUUGGAUACAUUCCCAUCAUGGUUGUCGGUGCUCUCAUCUUCCUGCUCGGCAUGGAGCUUAUGAUUGAGGCACUGAUUGAUACGUUUGGCAAAGUCCAUCGGCUUGAGUACAUCACUAUUCUGAUUAUAGUGGUUACCAUGGGCGCGUGGGAUUUUGUGGUUGGCAUCUUUGUUGGCAUAGUGCUUGCCUGUGUCAACUUUGUCGUACAGACUUCUCGCAAAAGCGCAAUUCGUGCUACAUAUUCGGGAGAAACCGCCAACUCGACGGUACGGCGACCUCCUGUUCAGCUCAGAUUUUUAAAGGAAGCCGGCCAGCAGACACAUGUCAUCAAGCUUGCCGGCUUUCUCUUCUUCGGUACUAUUGUCGGAGUCGAAAACAGAAUUCGAGCUAUGCUUGCAGAAGAUGCUUUCCGACAUCGCCCGAUUCGCUAUCUUAUCCUUGAUCUUGCACACAUCAACGGCGUUGACUUUUCGGCCGCUGAAGCUUUCACCAGAAUCAGUCGCUUGCUUAAAAAGCGAGGCGUGAUUAUGAUUGUCAGUGGUGUCAGCGUCAAUGGUGAGGUUGGGCAGAGCCUGAGUAGUGUCGGACUAUUUAGCGAGGAGAACGAGGUUGAGCUGUUUGAGAAUUUGAACCAGGCUCUGGAGUUUUGCGAGAAUGAACUGCUCCAAGCAUUUUACGAACGGCAAGCGCAAUUACCUCCACACCAUCGACACGCUCCUCCACCCUCUCCAAGUCAACAGCUUGAUGUUCCUGUGGAGGGCAGACGUCCAUCAUUCCCUUCGGAGUUGAUGUUCAGCUCACCGAGGAGGGACCAUCUUCAUCAUGUUGCAUCAACGACACUUAAUGAGACUGUUUCCACCAAGUCACACUCGUGGCAUAACUAUAAACAGCCUCUACCACUACUGCUUCAGAUAUUCGAGGACCUUUCAGAACAUGGCGAAGAUUUCUGGUUUAAGGCAACCCGAUUUUUUGAGAAAAAGCAGUUCCCUUCUGGUACGGUUUUAUUUAACAUAGGCGAACCUGCAAGUGGUUUCUACCUUCUAGAAGAGGGAAUCCUACGUGCCGACUACAACUCCCCACAAGGCCAGUAUUCAGAGCUCAUUAUGGCCGGACGUCCCUGUGGCGAACUACCAUUCUUUUCAGAAACAAGUCGAACGGCGACGUUGACGGCUGAACGAGACUGUACCGUAUGGGAGAUGAGCGAGCAGAAAUGGACAGAACUACAAAAAGCAGAGCCGGAUGUGGCGAGUGAAAUGCUCAAAAUAUGCUUGAAACUGACCAAGGAACGAAUGGACGCUGUGCUUGGAUACAUCCUUACUGCUGCUGGCUGA